CCCCCCGGAAAUGUUAACAGACAGACACAAAUCGAGAUUUUACCUCUAUAUAGGUCGAGUAGAGGAAUGGGCCGAGAAAUGUCAAGAUUAGUGUGCUGCCACGCUGAUGCGUGGCAGCAAAAAUUAUAAAAUACACUCUAUUACUAAACUAUUUUCUUUUAAAUAAUAAACUCUUUUUAUAGAGACUUCAAUAUUCUGCAAAAGUAUUGCAGUAAGAAAAACGAAAAGCAGUGCGAACUGAUAUAGUAGGUGAAAGUGCAAAGCCUGUACAACAGCAUGCAUUUCUUACGGAUCCUAGCGAAGUUAAACGAAUGGAGAAGAAUUUAUUAGAUCUUAUGGAAAACCUCAAUGAAGGAAAAUUGCACGCAUUUGGUAAGGAACAAACUCUUGACAAAAUGGACAAAGUUCGUGAAUCACAGGAAUCUUUAGCUCAACUACAUUUUGAAUUGGAUGUUGAUGAAUCACUUCGAAAAGAACACGAAGAAGUAGGAAGAAAUCGUAAUCUUGAAAAACUCAUGAAAGAUGUGAGUAUUUUAAGGAUAGUAACAUUAGCAACCGUAGUUUAAAGUAUUUCAAGAACAAAUGUACGUACAUAUCAAGUCCUGGCAACUUUUUCCAAGUCUUCAGUUGAGUAGAAAUAUUUAAAAGAACCGUCUUUAAACAAACGUUACUUGAGAGGGGGGAGAGUGUUUUCAUUUAUUCUGUUAUGCCAGGCUGAUUUCUUAUGAAAGUGACAUCGUUUUGAAAAGAAAUUAGUCAAGCAUAGUAGGAUGUAUGUUAAAAUUCGCUUGACGCCAUGCUUGAAAGAUAUAGAAAUGAAAAAAGUUCAUCAACGGUACUGCUCGACUGGUUUUCAGUCCUGAAUUCUAAUCAGUUGCCUUCCAUUGCUGGCUUAGAUCUGCUGUUAGCAUGUAACAAUAAAUAUAAAUACAUGGAACGCUACCUGUAAUAGAAAUGCCUAUUAAAAAAAUAAAGCCAAAUUUUACAUCCAGACACGCGAUGAUUUUGGCUUGUUUUUGUUUCAUGGAUGUGUUUUUCGUUGCGUGGAAAGACUGGUAACGACAUCCAUCAUAUUUGUUAUUUUAUGAAACUGCAUCCACAGUUACUUACUUUUUCUCAUUUUUGUGAGGAAAAUGAUACACAUGUCAUUCCUCUUGAGUUUUUUUGGUGUAUCUGUGUGAAGUGUGAAUGUCAAUGGUUUAGUGGGUAGCCAGCCUGCAUGUUUAGUUAGGCUAUGUAAAUAUUCCUCUUUUUACUCACUGUAUAAACAAUAUAUUUCUAAAGAAGUAAAUAACGACCAUGUAAAAUUUACCUGCGCAAAAUAAUAUUUUCAAAG